AUGACUUCUUCCGACUAUUAUGCGUUCCGAUACGAAAUCAUUACCUUACAUGCUGGCGUUGAUGUCCGAGCGGUCGUCGAAGUCCGAAAACCUGGCUGCCGGCUCCCGUUUACUGACGUAAUCACGAAUUACCAUACCCGUGGCUUGAAACCUGUGUUUACGGAUCUGUUUAUUUCCGCUGAUUGGGGGACAUGUUUGGCUGAUUACAAGUUUUUGCGCCAAUUGUGGGACGACCUAGAAAUGGACGGAACGUUUGAUGUUGACAUGUUACUCAGCGACGCCACGCGGCGGUGCCUACCCCAAACCGAGGCGCUGAUUCCAGACGCCGAGCCUCGUGUAUAUAGACGUUCUUUGGAAGAAGUGCGUGAUCGGAUUAUGGCGCUUGUCCCUGUCACUCUCACCGAAUAA